AUGAGAUCUCUCCGCGUCUUUGCCCCCUGCGGGCUUCUGAUUCUUUGUGGACUGGUUGACUGGAGCCAUUCUUAUCCUGCACUCAGUUCGGAAGGUGCAGUGGACUCGAUAGCUAGAAACGUAGAGGAUGGCAACAAGUAUAGUGGGGAAAAUGCUGCCUUUGCCGACGCACGCAGUGGUCACAAAGCAGCCCCUCCAACAAAAAUUGAUACAUUCGAUAAAGGGAGAGUCCAAGAUCAGUACGCAGAACUAACGGAAAAAACUCGAAACACAUCGGAAAAUGGCCAAGGUUAUGAAUCAUUAGCCGGUGAGGGUGCAAGAGGAAGUCAAACUGUUAAAAACAGCCAGCCGUCACGAAGGGCUCAAAGAGGCAAGGCCCAAUUCAUUGGCAAAGUCAAAACUUUCUUCACAACUUGGCCGGUCAAAUUCUGGGAAAAAAUCAAACAUUGGUUCUCAAAGCUCAACUUUUUCAAAUCUGAUGACCAAAAAGGUAUCAACCCGUCCAAAGACAACAUCUUCAAGUCUGAUGACCGAAAAGGUCCCAGCCCGCCCAAGGAUGACUUAUCUAAAUACAAUGGCCAAAGAGGUUCCAAUCCUUCCGACGACAACAACCAGCCUCAAGCCAUGCCUGUUGCAAAGCCACAAAAUCCUGGCUCCGGAACCGUUGUAGGUUCCAAGGUUGAAAAACCAGCACAAGCACCACUCGAAUCCAUGGGAGGAUCAAAGGUCAAUCCGUCGGAAACAAAGAACCCCAAGAACCCCAGUAGAAAUUCGCGUCAGGCUCCUACUCAACAAGCUCAAUCGUACACCAAUCCCCAGAAAGGUGCACGAGCAACAGGACCGCAGAAACUGCCACGCAAGAAAUCUGGCCCUUCUGAUUCAAGUGCCCUGCCUGAAUAUUCCAACAAUCUGCCAUUGGCCAUUCACCAACCACAUGACACAAGGAUGAGCUUGGUUCAGCCAAACAAUCAAGUCGCAUCAGGACAAAUGCCGUGGGGAUUUGGAAUAGACUCAGGGGCCGCUCAAAUGAGGUUGGCAGAAUUGUCCAAAUCACACCAGGCAAUGGGUGAGACAAUGGACGCUGCAUUCAAUCACCUUGCAAGGGCCAACACUGGAAAGGCUAACAAACAAAGUUGGAGGUCAGAUGAAGCGAAUUUAAAAAUUACACCGCAUGGAAACGAUGGUUCUGUAACAGCGCACGCAGAACUCACAUCCAACCAGGCGGAAUUUGAAGUAGAUCCUAAGACCGGAACAAAGUCGAUGCGACUGAGCAAAUCCACUAUGCGAAGCUCAACUCAACAUGGACCCGGCUCUUUUUUAAAUCUACAAGGACCAGGGGGAAGGGGAAAUACUAUGGCAAUUCCUUCCCACGCUUUCAAUAAUCGAGACAAUCUCCUCAAAGGAGCUGGAGUUGGACAGCUCACAUGGGGUUCAAAGAAACCUGAAAAGGUGUAUCCUGCACUUCUCAAUUAG